ACGAAAAAUGGUUUGAACCCUAAAUGAAUUGAAUUAAAUCGAAAGCAGAGUGAGAUCCGAAUUAGAGGCAUUGAGGACCCAAACAAACAACAUCACUGCCUAAUACCACUCACUCACUCACUCCAAUCUCUCUUCACCAUCUUGCAAUGGCUGACGAGGAACCUGUGGACCAGAAGAGAUAUCUCGAAGACUCUUGCAAACCGAAGUGUGUGAAACCAUUACUUGAAUAUCAGGCAUGUGUAAAAAGGAUACAAGGUGAUGAAACUGGGCAGAAACAUUGUACUGGACAAUAUUUUGAUUAUUGGGCUUGCAUCGACAAAUGUGUUGCAACAAAGCUAUUCUCCAAACUGAAGUAAUAGGGGCAAAUUUCAUGGAAUAUCAUUAUUGCGUUCUGUUCUUGUUUCAUUCCUAAAUAACUGUCUCUAAACACUUGAUUUUGUAUCCAAGCUAUAUUCCCUGUACGGUUGUUAUUGUGAUUACUGAGAAAUUUUGAGCCCAUGAAGGCCUAGAAAUAUAAUUAAUAAGAACAUUUAUCCAAAUUGUAACUCUUGUGAUUUGGAAAAACGUUUUCUGGUAUGGAUUGUGUAAAACAUGAGUAAUUUCUGUGUGGUCACACCUAUCUA